UGUUUAGCAGCUCGGCACGUGAACGAAAGCGUGAGAACAAAUGGAAAGGGACAAGACAGAGAUUGCACGCUUAUUGUAUGGAACUGGACUAUCAAUUUGUAUUCAAAUAAAACAUAAACGUUAAUAUUGAUGGACUUGAUUUAAAUGACAAUUUCACAAGCAAUGGAAUACGGUGUAAACCCAGCGAUGAUGUCCCAAAAUUUAAGUGAACAGAUUAUGGCCAGCGAUGCGGAACGAUAUGAACAUCUGGGAAUACCCAGGAAACACAGUUUGGGCUUCGACAUGAGGUUGGCCUUGGAAACAAGGUCGCUCAAUUUUGGGACUUCCCACUGUGAGGACUAUGACAUGCACUUUGCGAAAAAGCCAAAAACAAUCCGAGACCCGAUGUCUCACCGCAUUAUAGAGAAGCGUCGCCGAGAUCGGAUGAACAACUGCCUUGCUGACCUGAGUCGGCUCAUACCUACCAACUACCUGAAACAGGGUCAGGGACGGAUUGAGAAGACAGAGAUCAUUGAGAUGGCAAUCAGGCACAUCAGUAACCUGACAAACGUCGUCAACAAGCAAGGAGCCCUGACUUCAAGUCUGCCAGACCGUUUUCUUGGAUUUAAGGAGUGCCAGGAUGAGGUGAUGCGUUACCUGGUCGAGGUAGAGGGAUGGGACGCGCAUAACAAACUCUGCAACCGCAUGAUGCAACACCUGGAACAGGCUGGCGAGAAAUUUAGAAUCAUGAAUGAUGAGUCUCUGAGCCAGGCAGCGAAGGAGGAGCAGUAUCGCCACGUUGAAGAGGAGAUAUCAGCAGGGCGAGACAUACAAACAAUCACAAUGGAAACACCGCCCGAUACUGGACAGGUCCAUCACCAGUUUCAAAGCUCUGUUCAGCACCCACCCACAAACCCAACACCCACACAUUCGCCGAAACUUAGAGAAAUGGAAACAAGUGCCCCUCCGCCUCCGUUCGGUGGCUUGGAGGCCCUGGCAAGUGCACAACAGAUCACGCAGGAGCAUCUGAAACAUGACAAGCAUCUUUGGAGCCUCUUGGCUUCGAAGUAUGAGGAAACGAAAAUGAACGCGGAGGACAGUUCUUCACCGUAUCCGAGUUCUAACUCAUCAAAUAAGACUGACUCUGGUAUCAAGUGCUCAUCUCGUGGAAGUGAUUUGUGCAAAGUGACAGUUGACAGUUUAUGCCAAAACAGCAACGUGGAAAGUUGUUCGGACAAAAACGAUGGUAAUGUUUAUAAGUUUAAGCAUAAUAUAACCAAGCGAUUUUCGGAAGAGGGUAAGAAAAUGGAGGUCAGUGACUUUGUAUCUAUCUCAAAUGAGAACAUACAAAAGCGCAUAAAACCAGUGUUCAGACAUGCACGAAUGGGAAGUCCGUCAAGCAUGAUGUCAUCCCACUUUUCUAGUUCAGACUUAAAUGGCAGUUCCUCCACAGGAGAGUCUGCCAGUUGCAUUAACAUAGACACCAAGCUGGCCUCCCCCCUGCCAGGCUUUGUCCUCCAUCCUUUUGGCACGCAUUACAUCCCAAUCACCAUCCAUCCAUCAAAUCUCGGUUGUGACCUUUUCGAACGAAAUAAGCAGGAACGAUGCCGAGUGUUCCAUCCUAUCACUAUUCCAGUAAACUUUUCUGGGCCUCUGUUGUACUUAAGGAGGAUCAAGGAGAGGAAAAGCGAACCAAUCCGCCAGAGCGAUUCCCGCUCUGGGUCAGCGGAAUCGCAGAGUGUGGGCGUAUCGUCCAUGGAGUCGAGCGGAGUUUCUGACAACAGCCCACCACCCAAUAUGGAAAUGAACGGAUGAACGCAUCUCACAUACAUUAUAUAUUUUGAGGGCAUGUACAUUUAUAAAUAAUUUACUUGUUGCAACCAUAUUGUUAAUGUUAUUUCUGCAUUAAUAUAUAGGUGCAUUAAUAUUGUUGUUUUGUUAUUGCUGUUGUUUCAUCAUUGUUUAUUUUUAUAUUAAAUUGUUGAAAUGGCACCUUGAAAAUAUAUACACAUGUUUCUUUAAACAAUUAAAGCAUUACAUUUAGAAAUUAUUUAUCAUGAUCAAUUUGUUUUCAUCACCAUCAGAAUCAUUCUCAUGUUCUUAGUUUCAUUGCGUUUCAUAUGUCAUAAAUGAAGGGCUGCUAGACAAGUAUUUACUCUACCCAUAUUUAUAGUCUCACAAUAUUAAAUAACAAUCACACAUCUAAUGGUCUUAAAGGGGAGAGCUGUUGAAUCCAUUCACAAAUAAAUAUGCUUUCACUCUUAGUCACACCAAUCCUGGUUAAGUUUGGAACUGGGUCACAUGAGGUCAAAAACGAGAUCAAUGGGUAUAGAAAAGGCUUUAAGACACCAUAGAAGCCACAUUUGUAAAUGAUUUGUUGUCCAAUUGGCAUGAAACUUGGUUGGAACAUUUGUUCUAAAGAUAUCUCAGCCGAGUUCAGCAAUUGUUCCAGUUCUUUGUUUAACCUAGCAUCAAGGGGUCAGGGCAGUUUUCCUUAUUAUAUGGCUAUUGCAAAACCUUUUUAACAAACUGGAAUUAAAAAUUUGCUGAGAAAUUAAAUAUUUAUGUUUCAUGAAGUUGUGUAUUGCUCUUAACUCCACCUUCUCUGUUAAGUUAUUUCCUUUUGUCGAUGGUGAGAUCAUAGGGUCCAUGACCCUCUUGUUUGAUUUAAGAUUAUUUAAUAUAUAAGACAUUACAACAAAUAACAUGUCUCUGAAUAUUUCUAUUAUUUUUUCUUCUUUUAAUUGGCAUUGAGAACUCUCAAAGUAAUGGUUGGUAAAUGUUACA